AUGCGUCCAUCCCAGAAGUUCAACCUGCACCCCUCCACGCACAGCGCCAAAGACCUCGAAACAAAAACCUUCGACGUAAUCUGCAUCGGCUCAGGCUGGGCAGGCCGCCAACUCGCCGCUCAAGUCUGCAAAGCCGGAUUCACAGCCCUGGUCGUCGAAAAGGAGCUUUUUGGCGGUGAUUGUCCCUUCUGGGCCUGCGUUCCUUCCAAAGUCCUCUUACGUUCGCAGGACGCUUUAGACGCCGCUAAUGCUGUUGGAGGGGCGAAGGAAAGAAUUCUUGACGCAAAGGUUGAUGCCAAUGGUGUAUUUGCUCGCAGGGAUGUGAUCACCGCCAACAAGGACGACACUCAACUUCUGGUGCCCAUGACUGAAGCUACUGGUGCUACUCUGGUUCGUGGGCAGGCAAAGUUGGCCGAUGUGAAGAAUGUUCAGAUUGCUCCGUUCGAGGGUGAGCCAGUUGAGGUCGAAGCGAGACUUGCGGUUGCAAUUUGCUCUGGGAGUGAAGCUGUUAUACCGGAUGGUGUAAAAGCUGCUGAUCCUUGGACACCGAGAGAUGCCACGAGUGCGGAUUAUGUGCCUGAGAAGCUGAUCAUCAUGGGUGCUGGUGCAGUGGGAUGUGAGAUGGCUACCGCUUAUGCUGGGUUUGGUUCGAAGGUCACCCUCAUCAGCUCUUCUGGCAGUCUCCUGCCUUCGAUCGAUUCCGAGGCGGGGACAAUUGUCCGUAAAUCUCUCGAAGAACGUGGCGUAGUCGUGAAGCUGGCGACGAAAGUGACCAAAGCAACACGCACAGACUAUGGUGUAGAGGCCGUCUUGUCCACUGGAGAGAAGCUAUCUGCCUCAGAACUCCUCGUGGCAUCAGGGAGGAAGGCAACACUGGACUUUGGACUGGAGAAGCUCGGUCUCUCGUCCCAUGGCACUCACAUUCCUGUCAACGAGUCCCUCUGCGUGAAGACCUUUGACGGGAAUGAUUGGCUAUAUGCCGUUGGAGACGUCAAUGGCAAAGCUCCAUUCACUCAUUCUGCGAGUCGCAUAGCAGGCAACGCAAUUAUCGCCAAAGCAAGGGGUCAGACGCCCUCGAACAUCACCCUCACGUUAGGCGACCGCAAAGCAAUCCCCCAAGUCACCUUCACCUCCCCGAUCGUCGCCUCCGUCGGUCUAACCCGCAAGGCCGCAGCUACCAAGGGUAUCCAAGUCCGCCAAAUCACCGCCCCAGCAAAGACAAUCGGCGGCAUCCUCCAUUCCGACACCAUUGCCGACGGCUGGGCACAGUGGCUCGUAGAUGAGGAAGAACGUUUGGUGGGAGCCACGAUUGUGGGCACUGACGCCGCAGACUUGAUCCAUGCUAGCACGGUGGCGAUUGUGGGUGGGAUGAAGUUGGAGCAGAUGGUGCAUGCUGUGCCUUGUUUCCCUACUAUGAGCGAGGUUUAUUUGGGGUUGUUGGAGGCGGCGGGGUAUUGA